GUGCGCAAGAUUAGGGUUCUUAUUCACAAUUUGCAAAGAUUCUGCACUGAAAUCACACUUCUCCAUUUCUGGAUUCAUCGUCUUCGCUCUUGGGUUCUUUGUCAAAACUCAUAUCUCCGGCCGCCUUGGGUCUUAGCUGAGGUGGCGGACUUCACUGUUGAGAAAGCAUUUCUUGGCAGCUUAGUUUGUUCAUAGCCGGGGUCUUUUCAUGCUGAUUUCUUUUAUAGGAUAUGAGUGUUGGUUCUUCAAAUGAUGGAAAUGGGGUUCUAUUGAAAUCUUAGACCGAGUGACCCUUUUGAGCUGUGUACGUGCUUGAGGAAGGAAAUGAAGUAACAAUAGUGUAACAUUUGUGUGUCCUCUAAAACAUAGCAAAAACGGGGUCUCUUUGUUGUGUGGCUGCGAGGCCACAUGGAUCGACUGCAACCAGCGGGGAAUGGUCCACGGGCCCGCACGAUCCUUACUGGAGAACUAAUUCGAGCUUCUCCCCACCGCCUACAAGGUGGGAUUUCCGGUUCCAAUCUGAAGCAUUGUCGUCGGGUUCUCAUGACGGGCCCCACUUACACGGAUCAUCGGCUUCGUCGAACAGCAGAGAAAGUAGGAGCUGGGGAAGGAGAAACCAAUUGACAAACCACCACUAUCUUGUAUCUGAUGCUGUUGGUGCAUACUAUAGCAGCCCAUCUGAUAACUCUCCCAUUCAGCAGUGGACUCCCCCUGUAAUACAAGACAUCAGCCACGGUGAUUAUGACACUUCUAGGCAAGUUUUGAGGCCUUCAUCCUUCUCAUUGACGAUGGAGGGAAAUUCGAAUGCUAGGGAUGGAAGAGGCUCAACUUCUUCCCGAUCUGAAAGUAGCGACAGCGAAUCCAUAGCCAAAUCACAUUCCUCUCACCGUAACUUUCCAAGUUACCGCUACUUCAUGUCCAAACCCAUUCACCCGCUCUCACUUCCACCCAAAACACCCAAAAGAGGACCGGUUCCAGCUUCUGAACUUGGAUCACCCACUCCUCUGGGAGAGAAACACCGCUCCAGCAGUGCAAGUAUCAGUGUUGACCUCACCGAGGAGGAUCCCGACCCGCCCCUUGAACCCGAACGACCUGUGGGUAGCUCUCUCACUGUUUCGGACAGUCCCAUAAAAUGCAGCUUGUGUAAUAGGUAUCUCUCGCAGAGGUCUCCUUGGAGUGCCCGGCGAAUUGUCCGGACCAGCGACAUGCCGGUCGCCGGCGUGCUUUCUUGCUGCCACGUGUUCCAUGCGGAAUGCUUGGACCAAACAACGCCCAAGGCACGUAAGACCGAUCCUCCAUGCCCGGUUUGUGUUGAUGGGUCCCGUAACACCAUUCUGUCACUUAACCGUAGCCGGAUUAGGAAGAGCAUGUCAUUGAAGGGCAAUAUGGGUAAAGAGUUUCCGGGGAGGUUGGGGAGAAUCAGCCCGUUUUCUUCGCAGUCGUUUGUGGAGUCGAUGGAUCAUGCCGCCCUUUAGUCUCUUGGGAAUAUGAUUUGAUGAUAUUUUGGCCCUUCUCAGUUAAUGAUGAUGAUGAAAAUGGCUUUGGUUUAAUCCUGUUGUAGUCUUUGUUUAGGGGAAAUUGUUGUAAGAUCAUGUAAAUGAAAACCAGCAUCUCUAAUGUUUUUUAUUCUCAAUUGUCUUGUUUUUUUGGAUGGCUUUGGCAAAUGAAAUUGUUUUGCUCUGUUUUUAUCACCCUAAAAUAGUCCUGUUUUUCCCCUCAUUACUUAUUGUGGAUUACAGGGAAAAGCCUUAAUCUAAGUCACUUCCAAACCCAUUUCCGGCCUUCCAUCACUCCGUGCCCUAGGCUAUUGGUUCCGAACCAGGAGACCCGAUCGAGGCCCACUCUUGGAGCAAUUAGGCCUCUUAAUGGUUCAGAUGUCUGAAUGGUUCAGCACUUAAUGGUUCAGACUGUUUGUUUCAGCCUCUUAAUGGUUCAGAUGUCUGAAUGGUUAAGAGAUUUGCCUCUGAAUGGUUAAGUAUUAUACAGAGUCUGAAUGGUUAAGACCUCUAAUCUGAAUUGAUCAGACAUUUGCCUCUGAAUAGUUAAGCAAUAUACUAGCUCUUAAUGG